AGUGACGGCCUGAGCGCGCCGGCGGGGUCGGGCAAUGGCGGCAUCCAUGGAACUCCACGUGAGGGGAUCGGCCUGAGCCGCCUCGGGCCGCGGGGCGCCGCCGAUGCCGGUCGGCAGCGGCGCGGGCGGGUGCUGGGGCGGCCCGGGCGGGAGCGGGCGGGAUGGCGGCGGUGCCCCUGCGGCCCUGCAGAGCCGCCGGCCGCCUCUUGCCUCUGCUGUGCGGCGGGGCGAGGAGCAAGGGAGCUCGGAGCCCCGGGGUGCCGGGCCGCCUCACGCAGCGGCGCUACAAAAAGGACGUGCUGCCCUCCCCCGAGGGGCCCGUGCCCUCCGUCUCCAUCACCGAGAUCCGCCAGUACCUACGGGCCCAGGGCAUCCCUUUCCACGACGGGUACAGCUGCCUGCAUACCCCCAGCCUCUUCACCGAUGGCAGGGAGGGCCAACCGCCGGCGGCGGCUGCCAGCACGCCUUACACGCUUUUCAUUGACAAGACCACGGGCAGCUUCCUGUGCACGGCCACCUUGGCCGAGGGCACUUGGCAGGACUUCCAAGCGAACGUAGAGCUGCGGCACCGUGGUAUUCCCCCUGCCAGCUCAGAGGAGACGGAAGAGGACAUGCAACGGGUUCGUGAGGACGCUCGCUGCAUCUGGGACCGGGCUCUGCCCCUCUGGGAGCUACUGGACGAGGAAGAGACCAGUAAGACUAAGGCCAUGUUUGGUAUCUCCCUGGUGUCAGAUGCCACCCUGAAACGCUUUGGGGUGCGUUAUCUGAGGACUGCCAAGUCCCUUGUCUUCCCUUGGUUCAGCACCCGUGAUGCCACCCUGAAGGGCCUGAAGCUUGUGAGGGUGGAGAAGAAGGGGGAAGCGAUAGCUUAUGUAGAAGAGACUUUACCCCGCUUCGAUUCCUAUCGCAAUCUUUUUGGACUGCCACUGAUUAGCCGCCGAGACACAGAGCUGGUCUUAACUGGGUGGGAGCUGGAUGCCUUGGCCCUGCACCAAGCUACAGGGGUGGCCAGCCUGGCCCUGCCACGGGGGGCCACCUGUCUGCCCCCUGCCCUCCUUCCAUAUUUGGAACAGUUCAAGCGCAUCACACUGUGGUUGGGGGAGGACCUGCGGUCCUGGGAAGCUGCCAAGCUCUUUGCCCGCAAGCUGAGCCUCAAGCGCUGCUCUCUAGUGCGUCCUGGCGACCUGCAGCCUCGGCCCUUGGAGGCUCUGAACCAGGGCCUGAACCUCACCAAGAUUCUGCGUGCUGCCCUGCCUGCCAGCCACAAAUCCAUUGUCUCCUUCCGACAGCUGCGUGAGGAGGUGUUUGGAGAGCUGGUCAACACAGAGCAGGUGGCUGGUGUCAAGUGGGCACGCUUUCCUGAGCUCAACAAGCUCCUCAAAGGGCACCGCAGAGGGGAGCUCACUGUCUUCACAGGCCCAACAGGCAGUGGGAAGACAACCUUCAUCAGUGAGUAUGCGCUGGACCUGUGCAUGCAGGGGGUGUGCACUCUGUGGGGCAGCUUUGAGAUCAACAACGUCCGUUUGGCCAAGAUCAUGCUGACACAGUUUGCCGGCCGGCGCCUGGAGGACCAGCUGGAGCUGUAUGAUGAAUGGGCAGAUCGCUUUGAGGAUCUCCCACUCUACUUCAUGACUUUCCAUGGCCAGCAGAACAUCAAGACUGUGAUUGACACCAUGCAGCAUGCUGUCUACAUGUACGACAUCACCCACGUGGUUGUCGACAAUCUCCAGUUCAUGAUGGGACAUGAGCACCUCUCUGUGGACAGGCUUGCUGCCCAGGACUACAUCGUUGGUGCCUUCCGCAAGUUUGCUACAGACAACACCUGCCACAUCACACUGAUCAUCCAUCCCCGCAAAGAGGACGACGAGAAGGAGCUGCAGACAGCCUCCAUCUUUGGCUCUGCCAAGGCCAGCCAGGAGGCUGACAACGUCCUCAUCCUGCAAGACCGUAAGCUGAUGACAGGGCCGGGGAGGCGCUACCUGCAGGUGUCCAAGAACCGUUUUGAUGGGGAUGUGGGCAUCUUCCCCCUGGAGUUCAGCAAGGCCUCGCUCACCUUCUCAUCCUCUGGAAAAAGCAAGGUCAAGCUGAAGAAGAUGAAGGAGGAGAAGGCAUCUAAAGAUGCCAAGCAAGUUACAGAGGGAGGCUCAGGCGCCUCCAAGAAGUCAUGAGCCCAGCAGGAUUGGGAGUGGUGCUGGGAGCACAGGGCUGGGGUAUCCUGGCCCUUCUCCCCUGGGAAGAGCAGCCACAUGCUGUUGUGGCCCUUUCUUCUGCCUGUUAGUCACCAGCAUGGUGAUGGAGCUACUGUGAAAGGAGCAAUGGGCUUGUCCCAGAGAAGAGCAGCCAGAGGAGUGCUUUGGCAAACUGGCUGCUCUGUACUGCUGCUGGGUGCUGGGAGCACCGAGAGGAACUGGAUGCAAUGGGAGCUGGGUGAUGUGGGGCAGUGACCUGCAGUCCUGGGACUUGGAGAUCUCUGGACCUGCUGCAAGUGUCUAAAUUGUGGGUAAAAGGAAGCCAAAAUCACUGGGCUAUCACUGGUGAGGGAGACUGCAGAGGGACACAUGGUGGGAACAGCCUCAUGAUGUGUGGGGGUGUUUUGUGAGGGGAAGAUGGUGAAGUGUGGGAGGUUGGGGAUGGCUCUUGCCCCAGUGCUGUGCGCUCCCUGUGGUGGCUGGGAGGUGGACCCCCAUGGCAUCGCUGCUGCUGCUGCAGGUUGAGGACAGCAUUCCCAGCAACCUGGUUUGCUCAGGGUGUCCCCAGCCCCCUUUUGGGGCAACAUCACCAGCAGUAAAACCUCAGGGGGAUCAGCCCAUCUUUGCUCUUCUAGGCUGAGGUGGGGGCAGGAGACAGUGACCUCCAUGCCCUCUGGUCUGCGGGCAGCAAAUACUGUGACAUGGGCAGUCCUCACCGUGGCAGAUUGAAGCCAUGGCUGGAUCCUGAUCUAAUCCCUUGGGCUUUUUUCCUUUCCUAGUUUUAUUAAAGCACA